ACACACACACACACACACACACAAAAAAAAAAAAAAAAAAAAUUGAUUUGCACAAUGCAUCAGCAGACUUUUAUAUUUUUCGUACUUGUUCCGCACCCAAAAUAAAAAUGGCAAACCAUAAAGGAUCACUCGUUGCUUCCGUUGUCUCCAGCACUAAAAAAGGUCACCACAAUUACGGUCUACUUAAAAUAGAACACAAUGAACCCACUUCAAUAAUCACUAGUGUCGAUGCCGUAGUCUUAUGUACCUUUGCCAUUCCUUUUCAUAUAUCCAUACCCGACUUUCUUAGCUUUGUUGCUCCUGUCGACUCUUUUGUGAGCCACUAUAGAGUGAUUCGUGACACCGUGCCUGAUUCUUACAUGGUCUUGAUGAAGUUUCGAGAUCCACGUUCAGCAAAUGAUUAUUAUAACCAAUAUAGCAACAGACUCUUUAGUUCCAUGGAGCCAGAGCGAUGUCAAGUGGUUUAUAUUGAAUCUGUCGAGACCGGAUCUCACAUGUCCCCGUUUCCUUUCCCAGAAGCAGAUCAGGAAAGCGAGGAACAAUUAUCUGCUUGUCCCGUCUGCUUAGAACCCAUGUUGGAUACCUUGACGGGAUUACUAACAAUUUUAUGCCAACAUACCUUUCAUUGUCAUUGUUUGUCGAAAUGGGGUGACGGCAGUUGUCCCGUAUGUCGAUAUUCACAAAAAAAGCCUUCCAACGAACUCGAGCAACAAGAACAAGAACACAAAUUAACAAGAACAAUCCCAGAGGAAGAUCGUAAUAUCGGGGAUCAAGAGGAUCCCAAUGAAUGUGCAGUCUGUAAAUCUGUGCUUCACCUUUGGGUUUGUUUGAUAUGUGGGUAUAUUGGAUGUGGAAGAUAUGCAGGAUCUCAUGCGUAUGAUCAUUAUAAGGAAACAAGUCAUCUCUAUGCUUUAGAAAUAGAUACACAGCGAGUGUGGGAUUAUACAGGUGAUGGAUAUGUGCAUCGAUUAAUACAGAAUGCAGUCGAUGGAAAAUUGGUCGAAUUACCGAGUAACACCGAGAACGAACAUGCUGCAUCUCAGGAAAAAGAAGAAGCAAUAGCAUUGGAAUAUAACUACUUGUUAACAUCACAAUUGGAUUCUCAACGUAUCUACUAUGAAAACCAAAUGGAAAAAGUAUUUAAAGAGAUAUCUGGUUUAACAAUGCAACUGGGACAACUGACAGAAAAAGCAAAUGAAAUCAGAUCCAACAAUCAUAGGAUAGAGACCGAAAACAAGGUGAAGGAAAAGGUCAUCUCAGAUCUUGAAAAGGGUAAAGAAAAAGCGGAUAAGAAAUUGGAAACCUGGAAAGAGAAAUCUGAAUCUACCAAACAUGUGUGGCUAGAAGAAAAAGAGAUAACAAACUCGCUAUUACAAAACAACGUAGUGAUUUUAAAAAGCAUGGAAGAUCAGGAAGCGGCCAUCAAGGAAUUGAGUGACCAAGUGCGAGACCUCAUGUUCUUUUUAGAGGCGCGUGAAAAAGUACAAGGUCAUCCUGAAUUAGAAGGUGGAAAUAUCGAAACACACACGCCACAACAAAAGCAUGGCAAGCGUAGAGGUAAAAGAUAAAUGUUGACUGCUACCACAAAAAUAAAUGAUUGUAUUGUUUGUUGAUUCAAAA